GAUAAAUCAAUAUCAAUGGCCGUGCUGUCUCUGUGAGGCGCAAGAUAGGCCGGAAGAACUAUGUAUGUCAUUUGUUAGACGAUUUCUUUCAACAAAGAUAUUGAGAGUUUGAGAUCCUCUCUUAUACAGCUAGUUUUUCCUGACAAGAUAAAAGCGUUUUUCGAGACAUCCAUCUCAAGCAAUGAAGCUGCCGGUGACAUUCUUUGAAUGUCUCCAGAACUUUGGAUAUCUUCGAGCAGGUAUCACCUACUUACAAUAGUACUUUUGUUCGUCUUCUACUCGCCGAGUUUUUGCUAAAGACUGGAAACAAUAUCAAGACUUUUCGAAUCAUCUAGAGAACCGUAAUACUAUUACUAAUACAGCUUUCUACUUUUUUUUAGAUAUUGUGAUCGAGGUUUCCAAAUCCAUUUUUCAACAGGACUGUAUGCUGGUGCAGGAUUUUACUUGCUCGAUUUUACGUUUUACAGUGUGAGGUCCGCCAGGGAUUUGUACUCCUUUGCGAAAGCUCCGACAUUCGAGCCAUGGCCUCAACAAGUUGAUCACUUGGCCAACAGGGCAGGGCGACAGACAUCAGACAAAGCUUAAGGGUGGUGUACUUAUUAUCCUGGCUGGUCUAUUUUGUGUAGCAUUGUCCUGACUCAGUUAGCUUACGGGUGAUCGUGGUGUAUUAUCCUCAGUCUAUGAUUUUGUCUAGGACCAAGAUUAGUAUGCUCAGUCUAUCAUUGAUUCUUUCCCUAGGAUUUCAAGAAGAAAUCAACUGGAAUGCGAAUGGAGAGGGACCACUCCGCCACGGAUAAUAUAACGCAACAUCUAACACGCGGAGAGCAAAGAUUCGUCGUGACUGCAGGCCGAUGCGGAUGCAUGAAGAUGGGCAGACGAAUGCCUCAACGUUGUUGCGUACCGACUACGGAGCAUGGCCGAGGACCCAACUGUACAUCAGAGUUGAGCGCGGUCCUCUUUUUCUGGAUGUUGUGGCACUUUUGCUCUCUUUUCCUCACAAGAGGGUGUCGUGACAGCCGCUCAAGCCAAGAAUACGGGUUAGAUUUGGAGACUCUUCUCGCAGUUCAACGUUAGCUGACACCUCCUGGUAGCGUUUCCUACGAAGACUCGUUCGGUAGAUAAGCAGCCAUUUUUCAGCUUCUAUUGGGUAGCCUGUUUCUGCGCAGAUACGUGCCACACGCACCAAUGUGAGGCAGGUAAAGACAGUUGGUUUUCUUCUUAUGUGCCCCGGAAUCUGGUCAGAUUGAAGCAUGUACUGUUUCAAAGGCAUCGUACCUUUAAUGACUUGCCGCAUUCCUAAUUCUGUUGUUCUAACCGUGAUAAUGAGUUGGUGAUAUCACCGAUAGGCGAGGAGGGCUACUAGAGCCUUUAAGGCGCGAUGAUGGUGAUCAUAGACUUACAUACUCGGCGCAGUGUCCAAUAGAGGCCUUUGUAGUAGAGUUCAUCAAGGCGUCUCUGCAAGCAGGUGCCUUCACAACCAAAUCGAUGUUUCUCGAUCCCUCUCUCUGUCCUAGUGUCGGAAUAGUUGAGUUUGGAGAAGACGGACUUUAUAGUUAGGUCAACAUGAUUUUUUUUGACUCACGAAUGCUAGUGCUAGACAACAAGAAUUUGCACCAUUUUGAGAUAGACACACUGUUAAGGCCCAAAAUAUAAUCGACAUGGCCACAUCAAAAAGCAUUCUAACC